CGAUUCGGGGAGGACCUGAACCAUUUAAAACCCCCCAAAAUCCCUAAAAACCUCCUCAAAUCCCCCCCAGAUCUCCCCAGAAUUCUCCCCAGGACCCCUAAAAUUCUCUCUGGACCCCCAAAAUUCCAUCCAACCCCCCAAAAUUCCCGAGGUCCCGCCAGAAACCUCCCAGGUCCCGCUGGAUGGAGCCAAAGCCGUCGCUGCUCCGCGGGGCCGUGUCGCGAUUCCAAACCCCCCAAAAUCCCCCCGAAACCCCCCCAAAUCCCCCUCAAAUUCCCCAAAGCCCCUCCAGGACCCCCCAAAAUGCUCCAAAAUCCUCCCCAAAAGCCGCGGGGUCCCCCCAGGUCCCGCUGGACGGAGCCGGAGCUGUCGCUGCUCCGCGGGGCCGUGUCACGAUUCCGAACCUCCUAAAAUCCCCCCAAAAUCCCCCCAAAUCCCCCUCAGAUCCCCCAAACACCCCCAGAAACCCCUCCAGGACCCCCCAAAAUCCCCCCAAAAGCUGCGGGGUCCCCCCACAUCCCGCUGGAUGGAGCUGGAGCUUUCCCUGCUCCGUGGGACUGUGUCGCAAUUCCGAACCCCCCAAAAUCCCCCAAAAUCCCCCCGAAACCCCCCCAAAUCCCCCUCAAAUCCCCCAAAGCCCCUCCAGGACCCCCCAAAAUGCUCCAAAAUCCCCCCAAAAGCCGCGGGGUCCCCCCAGGUCCCGCUGGACGGAGCCGGAGCUGGCGCUGCUCCGCGGGGCCGUGUCGCGAUUCGGGGAGGACCUGAACCGCCUCAGCGCCCUCAUCAAGGACCGCACGGUGGCGCAGCUGAAGGCGGCGGCCAAGCGCAAAGCCUACGAGGACAGUGGGGUCCCCCUGCCCCCCCCCCCGCCGCCGCCGACUCCCCCAAAAAGGGACCCCGAAAAAAACCCCCCCGGAUCUGGGGGGGGCCCCCACGACCCCCCCGGGCCCCCCCGGGAAGAAGCUGAAGGUGGCAGAGCCCCCCUCGAGUGACUCCGACCCCCCGGGGACCUCGUGGACGUCGAAGGAUUUGGGGACCCCCCCCCAAAGAAGCUGAACUUUGACCAGGCAGCCUGAAGUCGGAGCCCGCCCCCAGGACCCCCCAAAACUCCUUAGGGGGGGUCCCCCAAUCCCUCUGGACCCCCCCCCAAAAACCCAAAUUUCUCCCUGAACCCCCCAAAUUGGGGGGACCCCAAAAUCCCCCCCAAUUUUGGGGUCCCCCCUCAAUUUUUGGGGACUCCUCCCAGUUCUGUGGUCCCCAAAUUUGGGGGACCCCCUCCCUUGUCCCCCCCAAUAAAAUUUUGGGGUCUCCCCCCCCCCUUUG